ACCCCAUCAGCUGUUCAGAAGAUAAAACAGCUUCUUAAAGAUAAACCUGAGCAUGUAGGCGUGAAAGUAGGUGUUCGUACAAGAGGAUGCAAUGGACUUUCUUACACAUUAGAAUACACAAAAUCGAAAGGAGACUCUGAUGAAGAAGUAGUUCAAGACGGGGUUAGAGUGUUUAUUGAGAAGAAGGCACAGCUGACACUUCUAGGAACUGAAAUGGACUAUGUAGAAGACAAACUGUCCAGUGAAUUUGUCUUCAAUAAUCCAAACAUCAAAGGAACAUGUGGCUGUGGAGAAAGCUUUAACAUCUGAAGUUUCAAGACUACUACUUUGACUUUGAACACCCCAAAACACUUACUGUUACGGCUUUCGGAAGCAAAUGCAUUUUCUUCAGGUUCGUAGGCUGUGUAAAGUGUGGAUACCAUUAAGGAAAAUAAAAUAAUUUUUAAAAUGUAAAUUGUGUGUUAAAUUCCACCGCUAAAUAUAGCUAUGCUGUAAUUUGUGAUGAGUUGGGAUCCAAAAGGUAAGAACACUUAAGUGCCCUAGUAACACGUCUGUACUUUCACAUGCCAAGGAAAUAAAAUCUCACUGUUCUUUUCAUUUUCUUUGUCCACUCUACUCACACUUCCCCAUCCAGAACCCGUUUGAACGAAUAUAUUGCUUAUGUGUUCUGCUUUGAUUUGGGG